AUGGCUGCAUUCAUGUCUCAAUCCGCAAACACCUCGACAACCACACCACUCAAUCCAGGUUAUUUCCCAAUGAUUGUCUCUCAAGAUUCUCCCUUAUCUCUUCCACCUCCUGCUUCGACCCCUACAAGAUAUACCCAUCAACGCUCGAGAACUGCAACUACCCUCCCCCCACUGUUUACCAGAUCACAAUCCUCCUCGCCCACACGAUCCUCUGCCCUCCCGCAAUUCUUGCGUCCUCAGAGUACAAGAUCUAUAUCCCCAGAAAGAGUCUCAGUCUCCGAGGCCGCUCAGUUCGAGGUCGCUCGGACACCGCCAGAGGAACAAACUGCAAAAAAGAGAAACUCUUCAGCCGUGGACAAACUUGCUAGUUGGUUCGAGGGAUCGUCUGAGCCAGUUAACAUCUCCUUGAUCCCGUCUCCAACAAAGGAAAAACUCGACCCCGUUGCUGAAGUCGGCGUCAUGGAGAGCUUGUUCUCGACGAGUCAGGAGUCGGUGGAUACCUUCACAAGACGCCCUCAGAGGGAUUCAAUCUCUUCAACACCUGCCACUCCCGCCCCAUCGAGAUUCAACUUCUUCCGAAAGUCCACCACGGUGUCACCCACUUCACCCAAUCUCGCAGAAGAAGAUGAACUGAGUCAGCUCGACGUACGAGAAGCCCUGUUCCCACAAGGAUAUCCCGAUAAUUUCUCUCCAUCAACCUUCAAAAACCUCCAGUUGAACGCGGAAGGAGUAGUACGUCGGUUUCAGCAGGCCCAUAUCGAACAACAGAAAUCUGUCAAGGCGCUGACAUCCACCAAGACAUCCCAGGCCGAUGAGCUGGAAGCCGCAAAUACACGCAAUGAACAUUUGAAAUUCCAAUUAGAAGACAUGGCACAAAGGGCACUGGAGCAAGAGAAAGCAAUCGCAGAACUCAGAGCCCAGCUCGCGAGCCAAAGAGCAUCGCUCGACACACAAUUGUCACAAAACCAGCAAAGUGUGCGAAUGGUAUCCAACGACGACGACGCAAUUCGAGACCAAGACCAAGACUCGACUCUCCAAUCCAAAUACCGCCGCCACCGAAUCUCGGACAUCUCCUCCUCCUCCGCUGAAUCCGAAAUCGCCUCGGAUGCCAGUUCCGUCGUGAGCGUAUUCUCGGAAGCCAUGUCGACAGCCACAUCCAUGAAGUCCGCCUCGUCGAGCCAUACCGGCCACGAUGCGGCGUACGGGUGCUCGAAAUGCCAUGGUCUGCAUGCCAAUGAGGCGUGGGAUGUCGUGGGCAUGAUGAAGUUGGAGUCGGCGGGUUUGAAGUCUAGGAUUUCCCAGCUCGAGAGCGCCCAGGACGAGGCGUUGGACUUCCUGAGCGGGUUGAAGCUGGAUUAA